AUGAAGUUGUCCACAUCCGUCGCUUCCUUGGCCGCUACCGCUGGUUUGGCACAGGCCGACCAAUUGACUCCAGAACAGAACGCUGUUUUGAUUGUUCUGUUCAAAGAUGUUUUCAAGAACUUUCCAAAGUACGGUUCUUGGUUCAUGAGCUCUGGGUUUGGUGUUCCAAACAACAUCAUUGAAGUUUACGAAGCUGCUCAUACCUACACUGACGAUUCUUUCUCCACCAUGUUGACUUCCUUGGAGAUGAGUCAAAUCAUGCCUAUGGUUACCGCUGUCCCAUGGUACAGCAGUUACUUGUCUGCUGAGGUUGCCGCUGCCCUAGCUCCAUUCCAAACCACUGUGACCCACACUUCAAGCUCUUCUCCAGCUGCCCCAACCACUACCAGCACCACUUCUUCCACUACUACUGAUGCACCAACAACUUCGUCUACCCCAACCACCACUGCUGCUCCAUCCACUACCGCUGAUGGAUGGACCACUCUUCCAGUUGAAGACCCUAUGGUUCAAAGCAUGGAGCUGGCCGUCUACGUUAAAGACAUCAACGCCAACAUGCAGCAAUACCUUAACUUCCAACAAGCCAACCCAGGCCAGCCAUACCCUCCUGCUAUUGCCCAAGCCGUCAUGCACGCCAUGAUGGGCCAACCAGAGUCUGAGUACAUGACCCUUUUGACUGGUAUUGACCCAGCGACUGUGCAAAUGAUGUUGAGCGGUGUCCCAUGGUACUCCACCAGAUUGGAACAGGCCUUGGAUGCUACCUUCAGAGCCAGACACGUUGUUGUCAAGACUGCUGCCCCAGGUGAAUCCUCUGCCGCUGCUUCUUCCGUUGUUUCCUCUACUGCUGCAUCAUCUGCCGCUGCUUCCUCUGCCGCUGCUUCUUCCGUUGUUUCUUCUGCUCCAGUCUCUUCUGUUGCGGCAUCCUCUGCUCCAGUUUCUUCUGUUGUGGCAUCCUCUGCUGCUGCUUCUUCCGUCGUUUCUUCUGCUCCACGUGUCUUCCGUUGCUGUUUCUCCGUUUCCGCUGCUCCAACUGAAAGGAACACCACUUACGGUGUCUCCACCCAAUGGACUACUGCUACCUCUUUGUACCACAACACCACGACGGUGAACAGUUGUCCAUCUGAGAGCGCCAAGACUGCGACAACGACUACCGGGAAGACCGACACAUUGACGUCCACUGUUUGUGACGAAGUGUGCCACUCCAAGAAGUCUGAAGAAGCCAAGAGAACCGCCACUGCCACUGAGGUGAACACAUCCACUGUCACUGCCACUGUCUGUGACGAAGUGUGCCACUCCAAGAAGUCUGAGGAAGCCAAGAAGUCUGCCGCUGCUACCACCACUAUAUGCGAUGAGGUCUGUGAAUCCAAAAAGUCUGCUGAAGCCACUCAGACUGCUACUGCCACUGUCACCACCACUACUGGUAAGGGUAAGGCUGCUACCUCUGGUUCCGCUGCUGGAUCCGCUGUCCCAACUACUGUGGCCCAAGUCACCAAGUCCACUGCAGUUGCCUCCCCAGCCAUUCACCAACAAACUGCCAACGGUGCCGUUAAGAAUGCUGCUGGUUUCGGUUUCGGUGUUCUAGCUGCGGCUGCUCUACUGUUGUAA